CAGCCAGUCACAUUUCUCUCCUCCUCUUCCACUCCUCUUCUCCUUCCUGCAUCCCUCACUCCCUGCCAGUCUGUCAGAAAUCCCACUUAUCCCUAGAGGAUAAGAUGCCAUGGAGGCCACAAGAAGAACAGUGCUCUAUGUCUGCUCGGUUCUGUUCAUCCUAACAGAGGUGAACUCUGAGUUCAUCCACAUCCCUACAUUAGUCCAUCAUGGCAUUGAAGGGAAGCCUCUGCAGCUAUCUGUGGAGACUCGCUUUCCACUGGACAAAGCUGAGAUCCAAGGAACCUGGUCCCACACCAGGCCCAGCGGCACCAGGACCACACUGGUGACAUUUACCAAAGAAGCUUCGAUUCUUGACAUGAUGUAUCGCAACCACUUGCUCUUCAAAGAACCAAAUCCUUCUUUACUAAUCCUGGAUUUGAACCAAAAGGAUGAGGGGGAUUAUCACCUGAGCCUCAACAUAGAGUUUCAUAACAAACCAGGACUGGUUAUCAAGGAGGAGAGAACUGUGCAUGUAAUGGUGGAUGUCCCUGUUUCCACUCCAGUCAUUGAAAAGAACCCAUCCUAUGCAGUUGUUGAGGACGAAGCGAACGUAACUUGGACUUGCUCUGUUGAAAGAGGAACAAGAGUUGUGCUCCAGUGGUUCAGGGACAAUGUAGUACUGGGUCCUGGUGGCAGAUAUCGCUUCUCCCAAGACAACUCUACACUGUUUAUCAGUCCUGUGAGGAAAGAGGACAAGGGAACUUAUUGCUGUCUGGCCAGUAACCCUGUCAGCCAAGGUCAAUGCAGCAGGGCCCUGGAACUCAAUGUGUACUAUGGCCCCUACAACCUGGAGGUGAACUCUGGCCAGGGCCUGCGGACAGGGGAGGUUUUCACCAUCAACCCUGGAGAGUUGGUUUUCUUUGAAUGCCAGGCUGACUCCAACCCACCAAACAGCUAUGUCUGGAUCUCCAAGAGCCGCAAUUCAACCCAAAUAAUCACAGAGGGUCCACGACUGGAGGUUCUCUCAUACAAACUGGCCCAAGCUGAAGAGUACAUGUGCCGCGCCUUUAACAAUGUGACACAGAAACAGGACGAAGCCCAAUUUACUCUGGUGGUGGCCAGCUUAGGAACAGGUGCGUAGAGGGUGGCAGGAAGGGGCAGAGCGUGGUUCAUCAUCGCAUGUAUGCUGCUGUUCUUUCUCAGGAGAACCUGCCAUCCUAAGAGAGUGCUUAUGAGCAUUUACAACAGACCCCUUUCAGAGCAGAAAAGACCUCAUCAUUCAGGUCAUGAGGAUGCAACAGAGGACUUUGGUAUCUAUGAGUUUGUCUCCAUACCUGGGAAAAUGGAAUCUGCACAGGCAUCAUGCAGAUCUCUGGCUCGUCUUGACUCAAUUCAGGAUAUGCACACCACCAUCUAUGAUGUGAUCAGACAUGUUCCUGAAACCCCUAGUCAGAGUUUGCUGAAGUGACUCCCAGCUGGAGAGCUGAGAUGUAACUUCAUUCCACUUGAAGACUCUUGUGUAGCUUUAUUCUCUUCAGUCUCUGUUAUCAAAGCCUGAAAAACUGGCUUUGUUGGCUAUUUUUGCACAAGGGAUGGAAGAGAGUUGUGUGAGUACACAACCUGAUUGCGCACUGUUUUUGUCCAUAGUUUUGGACAUACAUGUUGCUAACAUUAAUGUGAGAUGAAAAUGUAUGUAUGGCUUGAAUUUUUUAAAUGUGAAAAUAUAACUGAAGUUCACUGGGAUCAUAUUAAACCAAGCAAGCAGCCAUUUAUGAUCUUAUAGGGUGCCUACAAGAUGCAUAAAAUUCCCAAACCUUGAUUACUGUUUCAAACACAUGUUAAUUAUUAAAACUGUUUUAAUUGCUAUUUCUGUUAAAUCUUUCUGGUUUAACAUUCUCCCUAAAUAAAGCCUAUUUUGUAAGGAGACAAGUGUUAUUAUGAAUCCAUAUUGUUGUAUGGAAUAUUUUUAGGUGAAAUGUAAAUACUGUACAUGGAUUAUCCUGGAGAUCCUUUAUACAUAUUAUUCAAUUUCUAUGUUUUGCCUAAAUCUAUUUAUUCCUACAACCCUGUUUUCUCAAAUGUAGCAUUUUUUCCUGCUUAUCAUGAAUACAAUGAAAUGCUGA